GAGAGUUGAACGAUACAUCCGGGUAAUCUUACUGCGUUAAAUUAAUGCGCAAGAGUGAUAUUACUGUCAUCAGUAAUUUUUGAAGGGGAAAUUUAAUUUUUGUCUGAGCAUAAAGAGAUAUUAUGGCAGGAGAAGAACAAGUAGAGUGUCCGUUGUGUAUGGAACCAUUAGAAAUAGAUGAUGUCAAUUUUUUCCCGUGCACCUGUGGAUACCAGAUUUGUAGAUUUUGUUGGCACAGAAUUAGAACAGAUGAAAAUGGUCUGUGUCCAGCCUGCAGAAAGAAUUAUCCAGAAGAUCCAGCAGAGUUCAAGGCCUUGACAGAGGAUGAACUCUCAAGAAUCAAGAAAGAAAGAAAACAAAAAGAUCUUCAGAGAAAACAGAAAGCUGCAGAAAAUAGGAAACAUUUAGCUAAUGUCAGAGUUGUACAGAAGAAUUUAGUGUUUGUUGUUGGCUUGUCUAAAAAAUUAGCAGAGACAGAAACAUUAAAGAAACAGGAGUAUUUUGGAAAGUUUGGAAAGAUUCAUAAAGUUGUGAUAAACCAAAGCACGUCGUAUGCUGGAGCACAGGGUCCUAGUGCUAGUGCUUAUGUUACAUACAACAAAGCUGAGGAUGCUUUAAAGGCGAUACUGGCUGUUAAUAACGUACAUAUUGAUGGACGCACGUUAAAGGCUUCAUUGGGGACUACAAAAUAUUGUAGUCAUUUUCUUAAAGGUUCCCAAUGUCAAAAACAAGAUUGUAUGUACUUACAUGAUUUGGGUGAAGAAGCAGCCAGUUUUACGAAAGAGGAAAUGCAGUUAGGAAAACACCAAGAAUAUGAACAAAAGUUAUUAGAGAAUUAUAUGAACAUGCAGAAUUCUGCCAAUAACCAUGUGAUAACAAGUGGCAGUAAACCCAUUCCUACUAGAAAGAAAGAGACUUCUCCGUUAACAGUGACAACAUCCUCUUCUCCUGAAUCACAGGGAACGCCUCCCUCAAUUAUGUCUAAUCACAGUCCAAACUCACCCUGCUGUAAUAAAGAUGCAUGGCCAUCGUUACAACCGGGGACUAAACCAAAUAACAAACCAACAAGUACAGAUCAACAUAAUAAGUUGAACAAUAAAAUUAGAACAAAAUCAGAAGAGGACACAGAUCACAGUUCGCAAAUCACAGACAGAUUUAAUGGUACUAGUAACACAAUAAAUAGAACUACAGAUCCUCAACAGAGUAACACAGUACACAGAACUACAGACCCUCAACAUAUAUCUCCGCCACAACAGAUAAAACCUCCUUCAAGUCAACCAAGAAUUGUCAAUUCAGGUGUACCAGGAGUCAAAACUGUUGUGUUUGAUAACCCAGCCCAAAGUCUUUCUUUAUUUAGUGGAAAUGUAUUUUAUGGAAACAGAAAUCAGAAAAUACCAGUACCUACACAAACAGAAGUACCAGACAUACCAACAACAGAGAUUUCAGAAUCAAUACAAGUGUCAAGUUGUACAGAUUGGCAAGCAGCAUUUGGUUUUACGUCAAAAUCUAGAGAGUCACAGGAUGAUGACUUAGGUUUUGAUCCAUGGGAUGAAUCAUCAAAAGGUUUAGCAGAUUUGCUGGAAAAGGAAAAUGUAACUACAAAUAUCCAUCAGCAAAACAAUACUCACAAUCAGAAAUAUGAUCAGAGGCCAACACAGAAUCUUCCCCCAGGUUUUACACUAAGUCACAUACAGAAUCAACAGAGACCUGUCCAGCACCCAGCAUUUCUACAGAAUGAACUAGUCGGAAGUAGAAUGAUGGGUUUUUUACAACAAAAUCCAUCAAUGAUGUCAAACAGACGUGAACAGACAAAUCUUCAGCAUCCAGAGUCAUACAAUAAAGAUUGGCAAGAUGGACUUCGGGCAUUAUUACCAAAUAUUAAUAUUAGUUUUGGUGCACCACCUCCUGGAAGUGUUAACUCACAAAAAUCAUCACAAAACAACCACAAAUCAAGGCGAUGUUUGUCAAAGAACUCGUACUUUGAUGGGCCCAGGACAAUAUUUGAUCCAGCCAUUUUAUCUUCAGGAAAAUACUCAGACGGUUCUAUGACAGAUUGUCCUCCACAUUGGUUAAAGUCAAUUACACAAUUAACAGAAUUAGAAGGACAGAGCCAAAACCACAGAUUGCCAUUUGUACAACAGUUUCCAAUCAGAAAUUCUGGCUGGCCAACACAAACACAGAAUCCUCCCCCAGGUUUCCAAACUAGACCCCCCACACAACAUUCAGAACCACACAAAAUUUCAGAAGGACUACAGUAAAAAACAAAUGUUAUAAAGACAAAGACAUUAAACCAGGAUCGUUCUCCUACAGCCAGCCAUCAUCAUCGGAACCAGUGUUAUUUAUAAACAUAUUGUCAUAAAAAAUACUUAAAUAUGUAUUUGACUAGCAUUUAGAUAUUCUUUGCUAAAUCCAUAUUCAGUUGAAUUAUAGAAAGA